GAAUUGAAUUUUAGUGCGUUCGCGAGCAGCCUUACAAAACGUUGUGCUAUGAACGGAAGCGGAUGCCAGACGGAGAACUACAUGAGCCAAAGGCACAGUGAACGCUGAGGCAAGAGGAGGGCAGCGCAAGAAAGAAAAGAAAACAGUGGAAAAUCCAAAAAAUGUUAGCAUACUUUUUCGAGUACUUACUGUGCUGAACAACGUUAGUUAAUCGCCAAACCAAACGGCUGAUUGGUGCAUAUCGAAAGCGAAUCAAUGCCCAGCCGCAAAUAGUUGAACGGAAAAUAUGACCCAGUUCCGAGCGGGAUUAUACGGCGUGCAUAUAAAGUAAAUUUGACUGGCAAUAGAAUGCCAUAAAUGCAUUUUGAGCACUUCAGCCUUUCAGCCUUUGCUUUGCAUUCUCUCAGGCGACAUGCGACACGAGCGACAGUCGCAACAAUAAAAUUGUACAAUUUUUGAUUGCUGUACGUGAAAUGUGAAUUGCUCAAGUUGUGUGCAAUUGUCGCAGUUUAGUGCAUACUACAACAAUUACAGUGGAACACAAAUACGAACGACACCAACUGUGUGUGUUUGUGUGUGUGUGUGUCGAGCAGCAGCCCCAAAACUUACCCUAGCUGGCUGCUCUUUUAACCAGCACAGCUGAUUGUCAAGCGAGAGCAGCAUUGCUUUCAGCGAACAUGUUGGCUUGUUUGGUUUGAGCCAGAGAGCAUCAGCAGCAGCAGCACCACCACCACCCACCACUCACCACUCCUACCCCCAACCCACGCUCCGUAAGUGAGUGAGUUUUGCCUGCUGGCUAACGUAACGAGUUUCAAGACACGCACGCCACACGACAAAGUACACGUAAUACAGCCAUAAUCAAAGGUAGCCGUAGCCGUAGCCGUUGCCGUUGCCGUUUGCCGUUUGCCGUAGCCGUAUAGCCCAGGUCAACAGCUCCAACUGGCACGCACGUGUGUGUCUGUGCAAUUUAAGUUAAACAAAAAAAUAUGAAGCUCUCGGACACAAUGGCGACGCCGAUUGAGGAAAAACUCGAUCAAAACUUAAAGGUGAGGUCUGGGAUGGUUCAUGUCAGCGAUGGCAAAAGCAGACCAGAGCCCCUCCGACUUAGUCUAACAAUGGAAUUGUUGACCUUGCAAAAGUUGGAAAUUGUUACGCCGACGAGCUCGCAGCACAAUGGGCCGCCAAUGGAAUCCAAGGAGCGAAUGGUGCAAAUAACGAGGCAGAAGCAGGGCGGCCUGGGACUGAGCAUAAAGGGGGGCGCCGAGCAUAAAUUGCCCAUAUUAAUAUCGCGCAUCUACAAGGAUCAGGCGGCCGACAUAACGGGUCAACUCUUUGUGGGGGACGCCAUCAUCAAGGUGAAUGGCGAAUAUAUAACGGCAUGCCCGCACGACGAUGCGGUCAACAUACUGCGCAACGCCGGCGACAUUGUUGUACUCACUGUGAAGCACUACCGCGCCGCAACACCGUUCCUGCAGAAGCAAUUAACAAAGGAUACUCCUGAUUCCGACAACGAUGUCACCUGUGCGGAGCUAAAGGCCGACGAGGGCUACAAGUCAUCCGUGAACAGCGGCACCAUCAGCCGCAGCUGCAGUCGGCCAAUGUCAAUCUGCUCGGAGCCAGAGAAGCGCUGGACCGACGUGGUGGCAGUGCCCCUAAUGAUGGCCUAUGUCACGCGCUACAUCUACGGCACGGACAAGCUGCGCCCCAACGCCUUCGAGGUGCGCGGCCUGAACGGCGUCACCACCGGGGUCAUACACUGUGAUGAGCUGGCGAUACUCAGCCAGUGGCUCAAGCUGAUAACGGACAAUGUCGUUGGCCUAACACAUCUGCAGAUGAAGCUCUACAAUCGCAACUUUGCUGUGGGCGAGCGCAUCGAGUACAUGGGCUGGGUCAACGAGGGCGUUAUCAAUAACAAUAUAUCAUGGCAGAGCUAUAAGCCACGAUUUCUAUUGCUCAAAGGCACCGAAGUAAUGCUGUUCGAAACGCCUCCAUUGAAUGUGGCCGGCAUUAGCAAGGCUCUGGUGGUCUACAAGGUCUAUCAGACCAUGUUUCGCAUCGUCAAGGAGUCGGAGACUGUGGACAGUCGACAGCAUUGCUUCCUCCUGCAGAGCUCCGGACACGAGCCGCGCUAUCUGAGCGUCGAGACGCGCCAGGAGCUGCUGCGCAUCGAGAACAGCUGGAAUGCGGCCAUAGUGACCAGUGUUAUUAAAUUAGGGCGCAAGACUUUUGCCGUUUCCCAUCACGGCAAGAGCGGCGGACUGACACUUGACUGGCAGGCGGGCUUCUCACUGACAGAGGGCGCCGAUGCCACCAUGGUGUGGCAGUACAAGUUUUCGCAACUGCGCGGCUCCAGCGACGAUGGCAAAUCCAAGUUGAAGCUACAUUUCCAGGACAACGAGACGCGGGCCAUCGAAACGAAGGAACUAGAGUGCCAGGUACUGCAGAGCUUGCUCUUUUGCAUGCACGCAUUCCUCACCGCCAAGGUGGCAUCUGUGGAUCCGGCAUUCCUCAGCUCCAUACAGCAGACCUAAGCUUGGCUAGAGCCCCACAUACACACAAACACACACACACUCUCUCAUUGGCAGAAUCAAAAGUAAUCUUUGUUUAGGCUAAGCUAAACUGAAAGUCGUAUUUCAAAAAUACACAUCAAUUAUAUGAGAGCAUAAGUAAAUAACGGGAAUAUAUAAUAUAUGCAAGCUAUAAUU